GAGCAGGAAAGGACAAGGAGUCCCCGAAGCUGAUACUGAGUUCAUGGGGUUGAGCUGACAGCGGCCAACAGGCUGUCAUAAACUAUGGGAUCUCACUCUGUCGGCCAGGCUGGAAUGCAAUGGUGCCAACUUGGCUCAGUGCAACCUCCCCACCCCGGGCUCCAACAAUCCUCCCAUCUCAGCCUCUGAAGUAGCUGGGACUACAGGUUCUAGCACGUAUUAACACCGUGUGUCUAAAGUCAUUCCUGCUGGUCAUCUGGAGGAAUCUGAGAAGGGGCAGGUCUUUCUUCUGACUCUCAGAGCAGCACUCUCUACAGGACAGGGCCGGGCACCCCCUCUCAAGCCCAGUCUGAUCCACCGACAGAGUCCGUUAUCUCCUGUCCGGGGAAGAGGUGGAACAGUUUAAUCCUGAAACCAUCCCCCCGUCUGUGGAAAAACUGCCUUCCACCAAACCAGUCCCUGGUGCCAAAAACGCUGGGAACCGCUAAUCUAGACAGUUCUCUGCUAAGGAAGCACGUGGUUGAGAAGCAUCAGAAUCGUUCCCACGGACCAUGCUCCGGAGUCUCAGCAGGCUCCUGCAGUGUGUUUAUCCGUGCAUCAUGAAGGACCCUCAUACGGCUGACGUGCCUUGGCUGAUGCGAGUAACACUGCAGCAAGCGUGGGAGUGCAGAUAGCUCUUGGAAAUACCCAUUUCCUUCAGAUGCAUACUCAGAGAUGGAGUUUCACUCUUGUUGCUCAGGCUGGAGUGCAAUGGUGUGAUCUCGGCUCACUGCAACCUCCGCCUCCCGGGUUCAAGCGAUCCUCCUGCCUCAGCCUCUCGAGUAGCUGAGAUUACAGAGUAUUGCCCGGGCUGUGAGUGCAGUCUCAUGAUCUUGGCUCACUGCAACCUCUGUUUCCUGGGUUCAAGUGAUUCUUGUGCCUCAGCAUCCCACGUAGCUGAGAUUACAGGAUUGACUUCUAAAGACUCUUGGUACGUGAGGAAGAAACUCGGAAGAGGAAGAGGAGAGCAAAGGAGUCAGGGAUGGCUUUUUCUCAGGGUCUAUUGACAUUCAGGGAUGUGGCCAUAGAAUUCUCUCAGGAGGAGUGGAAGUGCCUGGACCCUGCUCAGAGGACUCUAUACAGGGACGUGAUGCUGGAGAAUUACAGGAACCUGGUCUCCCUGGAUAUCUCUUCCAAAUGCACGAUGAAGGAAUUCUUGUCAACAGCACAAGGCAACAGAGAAGUGUUCCAUGCAGGGACAUUGCAAAUACAUGAAAGUCAUCACAAUGGAGAUUUUUGCUACCAGGAUGUUGAUAAAGAUAUUCAUGACUUUGAAUUUCAAUGGCAAGAAGAUGAAAGAAAUGGCCAUGAAGCACCCAUGACAAAAAUCAAAAAGUUGACAGGUAGUACAGAACGAUAUGAUCAAAGUGAUGCUAGAAACAAGCCUAUUAAAGAUCAGCUUGGAUCAAGCUUUCAUUCGCAUCUGCCUGAAAUGCACAUAUUUCAGACUGAAGAGAAAAUUGAUAAUCAAGUUGUGAAGUCUAUCAACGAUGCUUCCUUGGUUUCAACAGCCCAAAGAAUUUCUUGUAGGCCCAAAACCCAUAUAUCUAAUAACUAUGGGAAUAAUUUCCGGAAUUCUUCAUUACUCACACAAAAACAGGAAGUACACAUGAGAGAAAAAUCUUUCCAAUGUAAUGAGAGUGGCAAAGUCUUUAAUUACAGCUCACUCUUAAGGAAACAUCAGAUAAUCCAUUUAGGAGACAAAUAUCAAUGUGAUGUAUGUGGCAAGCUCUUUAAUCAGAAGCGAAACCUAGCAUGCCAUCGUAGAUGUCACACUGGUGAGAAUCCUUACAAGUGUAAUGAGUGUGGCAAGACCUUCAGUCAGACGUAUUCCCUUACAUGCCAUCGUAGACUUCAUACUGGAGAGAAACCUUACAAAUGUGAGGAAUGUGACAAAGCUUUCCAUUUCAAAUCAAUACUUGAAAGACAUAGGAUAAUUCAUACUGAAGAGAAACCAUACAAGUGCAAUGAGUGUGGCAAGACCUUUAGGCAGAAGUCAAUCCUUACACGCCAUCAUCGACUUCAUACUGGAGAGAAACCUUACAAGUGUAAUGAGUGUGGCAAGACCUUUAGUCACAAGUCAUCCCUUACAUGCCAUCGUAGACUUCAUACUGGAGAGAAACCCUACAAGUGUAAUGAGUGUGGCAAGACCUUUAGUCACAAGUCAUCCCUUACAUGCCAUCGUAGACUUCAUACUGGAGAGAAACCUUACAAAUGUGAAGAAUGUGACAAAGCUUACAGUUUCAGAUCAAAUUUUGAAAUACAUCGGAAAAUUCAUACUGAAGACAAUGCUUACAAGUGUAAUGAGUGUGGAAAGACCUUUAGCCGGACCUCAUCCCUUACAUGCCAUCGUAGACGUCAUACUGGAGAGCAACCUUACAAAUGUGAAGAAUGUGACAAAGCUUUCCGUUUCAAAUCAAACCUUGAAAGACAUAGGAGAAUUCAUACUGGAGAGAAACCAUACAAGUGUAAUGAGUGUGGCAAGACCUUUAGUCGGAAGUCGUACCUCACAUGCCAUCAUAGACUUCAUACUGGAGAGAAAGCUUACAAGUGUAAUGAGUGCGGCAAGACCUUUAGUUGGAAGUCAUCCCUUACCUGCCAUCGUAGACUUCAUUCUGGAGAGAAACCUUACAAGUGUAAGGAGUGUGGCAAGACGUUCAAUCAGCAGUUAACCCUUAAACGCCAUCGUAGACUUCAUAGGGAAGAGAACCCUUACAAAUGUGAAGAUAGUGACAAAGCUUACAGUUUCAAAUCAAACCUUGAAAUACAUCAGAAAAUUCAUACUGAAGAGAAUCCUUACAAGUGUAAUGAGUGUGGCAAGACCUUUAGCCGGACGUCAUCCCUUACAUGCCAUCGUAGACUUCAUACCGGAGAGAAACCUUACAAAUGUGAAGAAUGUGACAAAGCUUUCCGUGUGAAAUCAAACCUUGAAGGACAUAGGAGAAUUCAUACUGGAGAGAAACCAUACAAGUGUAAUGAGUGUGGCAAGACCUUUAGUCGGAAGUCAUAUUUUAUAUGCCAUCAUAGACUUCAUACUGGAGAGAAACCUUAUAAGUGUAAUGAGUGUGGCAAGAACUUUAGUCAGAAGUCAUCCCUUAUAUGCCAUCAUAGACUUCAUACUGGAGAGAAACCUUACAAGUGUAAUGAGUGUGGCAAGACCUUUAGUCAGAAGUCAAACCUUACAUGCCAUCGUAGACUUCAUACUGGAGAAAAACAAGUGUAAUGAAUGUGGUGAGGUUUUUAAUCAACAAGCACACCUUGCAGGUCAUCAUAGAAUUCAUACUGGGGAGAAACCUUAGAAAUGUGAAGCAUGUGAUAAAGUUUACAGUGGCAAAUCAAGCCUCAAAAGACAGGAGAAUUCAUACUGGAGAGAAAGCUUAUAAAUGUGAAGAAUGUCACAAAGUUUACAGUCGCACAUCAAACCUUGAAAGACAUAGGAGAAUUCAUACUGGAGAGAAACCAUAAAAAUGUAAGAGUUUGUGACAAGGCUUUUGGGCAUGAUUCGCACCUGGCACAACAUGCUAGAAUUCACACUGGAGAGAAACCUUACCAGUGUAAUGAGUGUGGCAAAGCCUUUAGUAGGCAGUCAACACUUGUUUACCAUCAGGCAAUCCAUGGUGUAGGGAAACUUUACUAAGGUAAUGAUUGUCACAAAGUCUUCAGUAAUGCUACAACCAUUGUGAAUCACUGGAGAAUCCAUAACGAAGAGAGAUCCUACUAGGGUAAUAAAUUUGGCAAAUUUUUCAGACAUUGUUCAUACCUUGCAGUUCAUCGGUGAACUCACGCUGGAGAGAAGCCUUACAAAUGUCAUGACUGUGGCAAGGUCUUCAGUCAAGCUUCAUCCUAUGCAAAACAUAGGAGAAUUCAUGCAGGACAGAAACCUCACAUGUGUGAUGAUAGUGGCAAAGCCUUCACUUCACACCUCAUGAGACAUCAGAGAAUGCAUACUGGACAGAAAUCUUACAAAUGUCAUCAAUGUGCCAAGGUCUUCAGUCUGAGUUCACUCCUUGCAGAAUAUGAGAAAAUUCAUUUUGGAGGUAGUUGCUCCAUAUGCAAUGAGUAGAGCAAACCAUCAAGCAUUAAUUGACAUCAGGGUCAAUUCAGCAUUGACUUGAGUUUGUAUUGACUUAACAUUGAGUUCAAGCAUUAAUUGACAUUAGUGUUUAUGUUAAGAGGAUUGGGCCAGGCACAUCAGCUUACACCUGUAAUCUGAGCACUUUGGGAGGCCAAGGUGGGUAGAUCACUUGAGGUCAGGAGUUUGAGAUCAGCCUGGCCAACAGACGUGAGCCAUUUUCCCAGCCUGUUUUUUGUUUCUUUAAAAAAACUGAUAGGGAUUUUUAUGGAUAUCAUGUUGAAUCUAAAUCACAUUGGGUUAUUAUAUAAUCAUUUAACAAUAUUAAUUUUUCCAAGCCAUCAAUAUGGGUUGUAGCUCAAUGUUUUUAAUCAUUUUGAUCAAUGUUUGUAGAUUUCAAGGUACAAACUUCUGACCUUUUUACGUUUAUUUCUAAGUAUUUCUUACUUUAAGUUCUCCAGCAAAUGGAAGUGUUUUAAAAUUUUCUUUUAAAAUUGUUUAUUGUUAAAGUAUGGAAAUUCAACUAAUUUUUGGUGCUGAUACUGUAUUGUGCAAAUCCACUGAAUAUGUUACUUAGUUCCAGUAGUAUUUUGGUUGGCUCUUUGUGAUUUUCUACACAGAAGAUUAUGUCAUCUACAAACAAAUAUAAUUUUACUUCUUA